AUGAUGGACGAAGAAGAGUUCAGUCGGCAGCCUGUGCCCCCGCGCGGGCAGAUUCUGCUUGGAACCUGCCUGUCGUUUGGGAUAACAGCCUUUCUGGUCGUGCUGUUGCGCGUUGUUUUUCGAUUUAGUCGCCAAAAGUUCACAAUAUCAGACGUCUGUAUAUCGCUCGCAGUAGUAGCGUCUAUGACACAUUCCAUCUUUGACGCACUCUGCGUAUUAAAAUACGGCUACGGCUGGCACGAAGCCGAUCUGCCUGAAACUAUCCGCCACGCGGGGACUCCUCUAAAGCUCUUUUGGCUCUGCCAAGUUCUCUUCAAAAUAUCCAUCCUCUUCACGAAAUUAUCUCUCUUCUUCGUCUACUACGACCUUCUUGACCAAGUCGAAUCGCUCUCCGUUGCCCUCUCUCGCGCUGUCAACUACUUUACCGCUAUCAUUGUCUUUGGCUACUAUACUGCCGCAACAUUUGUUUCGGUCUUUGCCUGUACUCCUAUCUACAAAUCCUGGGCGCCAAAGACUGAAGGAUAUUGCAUUAACAAUGGCGCAUUCUUAUACUCAACAGCAGCUGCCAAUAUCUUGACCAGCUUGCUGCUCAUCGGCAUUCCCCUGCCGUUGCUUCUGCGGACAAGAUUUCGCAAACGAGAAAUCACGCAGCUUGUCGGCUUAAUUCUGCUUGGCCUUGUUGAUACGGCCUGCAGCAUUGUUCGCCUCAGUUUUAUUGCCACAUCAGCAACAAAAUCCCACACAGAUACGACAUGGACUCUUAUUCCGUCCACCACAGCGGCAUCCAUCGAGAUGAAUGUCGCCAUUAUCGCCGCUAGUCUAGUCGUUAUGCGACCCUGCUUCUCAUGGAUUCACUCCUUCUGGGAAGACCAGACCAUCAUCGAACCCGGUGACGAAGGUUACUCGCGGUUUCAUGGCUCCGUUUCGGCAAAAUCAGUAGUCGUUGCAUCGGCUGCCUCAUCAUACCCACAGGAUAUGGAACUGCAAUCAUCAGAUGGUGCCUCACAAAAUGGAGUGGUGAUAUCAAUUGACCGACUUCGGCCGUGA